GUCCGUGUUGGACCCACGUUUCUCACAGACAACACAAGCACGCGUCGAUUAACGCGGUUUUAUAAUUACGUUAUUCAAGAUGAGGCCGCUUACAGACGAAGAGACGAAAACGAUGUUUGAGAAGCUGUCGAAGUACAUCGGGGAAAACAUCAAACUUCUAGUGGACAGACCUGACGGCACCUACUGCUUCCGACUGCAGAAUGACCGUGUGUACUACAUGAGUGAGAAGAUCCUCAAGUUGGCCACCAACAUUUCCAGGGACAAGCUGGUGUCAGUGGGAACUUGUUUUGGAAAGUUCACAAAGACCGGUAAAUUCAGACUGCACAUCACAGCUCUGGAUUUCCUGGCGCCCUAUGCAAAGUUCAAGGUGUGGGUGAAACCUGGAGCAGAGCAGUCCUUCCUCUAUGGGAACCAUGUGCUGAAAUCUGGGCUCGGCAGAAUCACUGAGAACACUAUGCAGUAUCAGGGAGUUGUGGUUUACUCCAUGGCUGAUGUUCCCCUGGGUUUUGGUGUGGCAGCAAAGACCACCCAGGAGUGUCGGCGGGUGGAUCCCAUGUCCAUUGUGGUGUUUCAUCAGGCCGAUGUGGGGGAGUUCAUCAGGAAUGAAGACACAUUGACAUAAAGAUGCAUCAACAACUGGACUGUCAAACUCCCCUUUUCUUAAUUUCAUACCCAGAUCAGCUGCCGUUUUUCUUUUAAAAAAAACAGAAGUGGUUGGAUAAGCACCUGAUUCAAGGGCGCCUUUAAUAGCAGAAGUAAGAACUGGACCAUAUUUCCAAUGUAGUCUCGGGACUGAAACAAAGACCUCUCUAUUGACUCACCUUGGGAUACUACUAAUGUGCUAUCUUCAGGAUUCCCCUGUCACGGAGCCUCCCGAUUCUCCCUUCACUCAGUGUUUGAGUCAGAUCGUGUUAAACUGAAGGGGAAUGCUUUUGUGUUUCUUUUGCAAUGUCAUCUUUCAAAUAAAUCCAUAAUGUCUUUGUA